UUUUCUCUAGUUUUCACGCUGGUUUAUUUGAGUUUGACAGCUGUUUCAAGAAAAAAAACUGGAGAAAGGCUGUGGUCAUAAAUCACCAAGUCAUCAUUGAUAGAUUUGACAGAUCACUUUUAUUGGUCUCGUGUAUUCCUGACGGGUGGACAUUUCAAUCAAUAAAGAAGCAGUACUAGAAUGUACUGUAAGACAUAUCUGUUGGUCUGGCUUCUUUGUGUGGUGGCGUCAUCUGCUUAUAUAGAUUGUGACACUCCCAAGCCAAGCCAAGCAAUAUACACCAUGUUUACGUGCAUACUGAGUGUACAUUCAUCAGUUGGAGCUACAUGUAUGUCCAUUACUCAGUUUUCAAUGAAAUCCCCUUUCAUUCAGGACCUAAUCAGUUUCUUGUCAUUAGAGAUGAAAACCCAAUAGAACCUCCCUUAUGAAACACCUCUGUUUUAUAGCAGACACCCUCUCUAAAAGACACUCGCUUAGUUCUAGAAUUGAUGAUUUCUGACCAAUUUGACCUCUGUAAUCUAGACUCCUCUAUAGGGCAACCUUUGUCAGUUCUUAUCCAAUUUCUUAUUUUGUCUAGGUGCUACUUUAGUGUAAGUUAGUCGAGCAGAGAGUUUGGAAGCAUUUUUGGGUUGUCGAAUGUUAUAAAAUCACCAGCUAUUGAGUUCUGUCCAUCCCAGGGCAGUCGGUAAUAGAGAGGUUCGAUAGUUAUCUAUGGCCAAUUGAAUAAGAUAUUGGUUUUCUGAUGUAUCGGUCCAUAUAAGUCCAUGUGUGAUCUAGGACAGCAGGACUGUGUAUGAAAGGACAUUGUGUGUCGGUUAUUGCGUAUUGGUCUAUGGUCGUGGUACUGUUUCUAUUGGCAAAAUAUCUCAUGUUGAUAAACAAUGCAUGCGCCAUACACUUCACAGGUGAAUGAGGAAUAAGUUUGCUCUCUUGUGAAUUCUUCAUGCGAUUCGUGUAUAAUUUCAGGAAAUAACAAGAAUUCUUUGGAUCUGACAUUUCCAGGCCUAGAACUGCGCGGCAGUGGUAUGAACAAAUGUUGUGGAGUAUCAUAUUGCUAAUUCACUCACCUUGAUUGAUUGAUUGAUUGGUUGAUUGACAGAUUUGACUUUUGGAUUCUGCAGUGUCAUGAUUCUUAUCAAAGAAUGGUGGUGAAAGUCUCCGAAGUCACUUGUGGAAGCAUGUCAGCCACCUUAGAAUGACAAGAAUAAACUUUUAAUCUGCCAUUGACUGGGAAGAAAUAUUUCAGCCAAAUCUGUCUACAACAGACUGGGAGACUCCUGUCCAAAUCUUCAAUAAAAAUAGACAAUAGAUUAUACUGUUGCACUUUGCAAGUUUCGGAGCCUGAACUUCAGUUUCGGAAAUGAGUAAAAUAAGCAUGAAGGAGAAUUUCCUCAAAUCGAUCUUUCAUCAGAUCAGGAGCUCUACUUCUAAGGAGAACUUGAAUAAGGAACAGAAAGACUCGGUGAAAGAAGAAAAAUAUGAAGCUCCCACAGCAAAUGGUUCAACGCCCUUGGCUUCAACAACGGCGGGUCACAAUGACUCGCACUAUUCACAUGACCACGAUGGCAAUAACAUACCCAUGGCAUCGAAGUCAUUAUCCCCAGAUUCUCAGGUAGCACACAGUGAUAGUUUAGGGACGAUACGUCCGACCUCAGGCUUGCCGGCAUCACGGGAGUUGCCCCGAGAACCUCCUGUAGAUACACCUCAGCAUCAGAACCCCUCUGUGAUGGCAUUUAAAGUCCUGCCUCCUCUACCGCCAAUGCACAAAUUUCAUAAUUAUGAAGAAGUUGUGCAGCGAAAAGAAGAAGCAUCCCAUCCAUACAACCCGUCUUAUGAUUCAAAAGUGAAACAAAAUGAACAGUAUGACAAUAUGCCUCAUCAUAAUCAUGUAGGAAUAAAAGGUGGCGUUAACGUCAUGAAUCACGGCCAGAGUAUGACGUUACCGCCUAGCUCACCGCGUGUUCAACAACAGAACGACUACUCCAAGUCGACUACCCCGGUAUCGAGUAUGCAGCGAUUUUCCUACACGAGUAACACGUUACCGAUCCGAUCUGGUAGCCCUACAUCGCCGUACGGAGUGUCCCAUUUACCAUAUCCGGUAAUUGAUACAAGCCGGGUCGAGGAGAUACCGGCACGGGAACCCAACCUACAGAUGCAACCUAAGAAGAGCGCCCUGAAGAACUCCAGUGGUCCGAAAGUUGCCCCGAAACCAAAGAUGAAGCCAAGAAUUGUUAAAAUGGCGAGACCAGAUGAUGUGGAGAAACCAAGAGAAAUCGAAAGUGAUAAGGAGAAUAUCCCAGAGAAUGACGACUCAGACGAUGGUGAAAUCAAGUGGAGAGAUGAUGAUGAUGAAGGUAGUCGGAAAAAGCCUGUACGGUAUCGUUUGCCCAAAGCUUGGUCAAAUAUAGAAUGUACUAGACAAGGCUGGGCAUCCAAGGUGGCACGGCGAGAUAGCUUGGCGAAAUUCCUCAGCAAUAGACCGCCUAAGUCCGAGCUAGAAUGUCGCAACAUCCUGCCUAGUAAGUCUGACCAAGAGAAGCUACGGGAGCGAGAAGUGGUCGGCCAAAAGUUAACACGGAGGUUGAGUCUGCGACCGUCAGCAGAGGAAUUAGAGAGUCGGAAUAUUCUGCACCGACAUACACAGGAUGAAAUUGCUAAAGAGCGUAAUGAGACGAAAAAAGUUUUAACCAGAAAAUUGAGUUUUAGACCGACAAUAGAAGAAUUGAAAGAGCGCAAAAUUAUUAAAUUUAGUGACUAUAUAGAAUUUACUGAAUGCAACGAGUACGAUAGGAAGGCAGACAAGCCUUGGACGAGGCUGACGCCCAAAGACAAGGCAGCAAUCAGGAAGGAACUCAAUGAAUAUAAAGCCCAGGAAAUGCCUGUGCACGAAGGGAGUAAACACCUCACAAGGUUCCAUCGGCCUUGACGUGGCGACUUUGGCAUUGUUUUGUAUAUAAUCACCCAUUGGCUCUGAAUACUGUACUUGGGUACACAAUCUAUGAUGUGAUUCUGAUCCACAUACACCAAACGGAUUUGGACUUGUGGAUUGAUAAGUAUGUGAUUUGAAUCCACUUAUGUGGAUCAUCAAGCACUUAGAAUGCUGAGAAAGCCUACUCAGUGUGCUGUAAUGUGUCACGGAAAGCAACCUUAAACAUUUCUCGUGUAAAUACACAAACUAUGGAUCGUCAUUGUAUCAGGACUACAUGGCUUUGGUUGAUCUUGGUCAUAGGGAGACGGAAAGUUUGGUAAGAAGAUGAUAUUGUUGACGAUUCAGUCUGCUACUUUCACGUGUGAGGAGAUGCUUGUUUAUACAAACUGAAAGACACAUGCUCAUUUCCAUGCAGAAAUUGAUAACGAGUUUCAGAAAACCAGUCCGAACAAGAGUUACAAUUGUUAGGUUUUGACGAUUUGUAGAACCCUUGAACCGCACACAAGAUGUACCGGCCGCCUGGAUCCCAAUUGUACAAAUGUAUAGGGGGAGGUAGUCUUCAUGUAUAGAAAACAGUGCUGCCAUCUCAUUUUUCAAGGUGAAACCAACCUGGACUUGAACGCUAGAACUGAGGAAAAGUUAUCAGUGAGGGUCUGCAGUACAUAGUGUAUGAAAUCGGUACAUCCUGGGUACGGUAACAAAAGGGUUGAUUGAUGAUGUUCCCUUGGUGGAAAGUGCCCAUAGCAUUAAGAAUUGAUUCUUGAUCAUGGACUUGUAUCAAAAACAAACUCAUGACAUCACGGGCGUGACACAUUCUAAAUCUCCUUGUGUUCAACUGGUAUUCUGAAAAUUCGUAAAGAACGUCAGUCUUCUUAACGGAUUGAUACUCAUUCUUUCAUGCUUAUGGUGCUAUGUAGACAAGUCUAGUGCUAGUGCAAGACUUAACUAUGGGCUUUGAUCGAGGACACAAACUAGUAAAAUCAGGAAAAGAAUGAAGGAUUUUAGAAUCUCGAUGUUACUGUUGUAAAGGGGUCAUUCAUAAAGUUUUGUUAUGCUGACGAUUUUGAACUGGGGGUCAAUGUAAGUGACAUGCUUGCGGAGGUGCCUGUGGACAACCAUGGAGUGGAAGGAGGUUAUAAAGUGGGCUUGGCACUUACGGCAGAAGUAAGGAUGUACAAUAGUUUUUGAGUGACUCCUAUUCAUGAUUACAUGUAGUUGAGGAUAUACAUGUUUGAUAAUUGAAAGACAGUUUCGUUGUGAAUACACUCGGCUGUGAAUACAUGUAGCUCCUUGCCAUUUAUAGGACAGCGCAAUUUGAUAAGUUUCACAUUCUGAAAAGGAGUUAGGGACAAAC